CACAACACGUCAUUGUGACAGCCGGCACUUGUGAAAAAAAUCAGCUGUAUCCGUGAACAUGUCUGCCGCAAAUUCCCACUUCAACUCCCAACAUCUGCUACUUCUAAACUGAUGUUUAUGUUUAAGUUUACGUUUUCCUACAAAUGGAGGCAUAUGAAGAGGACUCGUUUCAUAUAGAAACGUUGGAAAUAUCCGAUGCUUCGCUAGACUUUGGUCACGGAGAACUUUUGCUGAAAGACCAGAGUCCAAAAAGGACUAACAAAAAGUCUCUGGUGAAAAAAACACCACCUAGGCAGCAGGAGAAAAAGUUCUUCACCAGGAGAAUUUCCGAUCUUCGAGAGAAAGAUGGCGGGAAAGUUGCGUCGGGACAGUCGACUCCAGAGGAUGAAUACGCGUCUCCGUUUGAUUUUAGCACGAAGGCUGUUUAUGAGAAUUAUUUAUUCCUAAUGCCAGACAAUCCACACUCGCAUGGGGACGAGAUACAGUUGUGUGAUGAUGAUGAUGGUCAGAAAUUGCAAAGUUACAGUCAGAAAUUACCAGAUGAGCACACCUAUGACAACAGGGACAGCGCCUACUCGACCCCUGACCCCACGCAGGACGGCGACCCCCUCUACCAGGACCCGACGGAACUGCAGGAUGAGCAGGAGAAGGAGGAGAUUAGAGCAGAGCUGCAGAAGACUGAAGAAGAGAUUAAGACCCUGAAGCAGGUGCUCGCCUCCAAGGAGAGGGCCGCUGCUGACCUGAAGCGACGUCUUGGCAUCACACCUCUCAAGGAGUUCAAGGACGAGGCCUCCAAGACUUGGAAGAACGUCCAGUCCUCCCAGGCUUAUCAGAAAACCAAUGAGAAAUUUGUGGAGUGGAAAGAAAAAAUGGAGUCAUCCGAAACGUACAAGAAGACAUCGGAGACCCUGUCUGUCGCCGGCCAGAAGACAGCCCAGGCCUCCGCAGCUGCCUGGCAGUCCAUGUCUCGCAAACUCGGAGAGAUGAAGAACUCUCAGUCAUUCAAGUCAUUUGAGGAGAAGGUGGGGAGCACUGUCUCAAACCUUAAGACCAAUGCCAUCGGGAAGGGACGUAGGCUAACCUGGUCGAAAGUGACGUCACCACGCGAGCCCAAGCCGACCUUCGAAGACGUUCUCAACAGCACGGCGAACGCGGACAAGCAAGACGAUUCCCAGAAUGCACCACCUCUCCCCGAAGAGAAGGUGCCUCUCUAAAAACAACAGCACAACCCAGAAUCAUCUCAUAUUCCAUUCUCCAUUUCAUCAAGUACCCAACAUAGGGUCACUAUGGGUUUACAACUCCAAGAAUGUAUGUAAAUUCAGUAUAUAUAUUAUGUAUAUGUAUAUCUUAAACAAAAAACGAGAAAAAAAAAAGACUUGACUGAGCGCUAUGUUAAGAAACUCAGUAAAAAAGUAAUGAGAAAAAAGACAAAAUUGUUAGUUAUGACAACUUAGAGAAUUUUGGGGUAAGAAAUUUGAGAGGUGUUUCUCUUGGGGACCUUACUGCAAUUGUAAGACUUUGAAAAAUCAUCUAUGAAAUAGGUAGUAGUAUCUUGUCAGAAGUGCACAGUGUGGCAAGAGCACUCAAAACUGUGUGUUCAUUUUUGCUUUGUGGCAUUGAAUGCCAUGUAGAGUGCAAGGGAGAAAGCUAAACACAAUAUUAGUCUGUUAUAUGCUGGGGAAGAAAAAUGUUCUAAAAAAUCAUGAUUGAAUAGUAAUUGGUUGUGGUGUUUUCUGAGGUUUGGGGUAUUUCGGUGGAAAGGGGGAUGGGUGGGGGAAAUGGUUAAGUUUGUUCAAUUUUCAAGAAAUAGAGGCUCAUAGUGUUUCCGAAAUAUCUUGAACACCACAGUCAAGCAAUGUUAUACUACGUGCUGCAAUUGUUGUCAGUCUAAGCAAGUUAAGGUGUAACACCAAGCUUUAAAACUGAAGCAAAAUGUUAGAGUAUCAUUCCUUCAGCCAUGUUACAGUGAAGAAAGUUACAAUUGUGCGUUGUAUGUUGCAUCUGUAUUGCUCAAAUUUAGAGACAGGUUACUGUGGUAUUGUGACAGGUUAUGGAUCUAUGUAGCCGUGCAAGCUUACAAUUAUAUUGGAAGAUACAAUGCAACAGAGA